GUUGUCGGUGCAUUUAUCCUGGUACACGUAAUCUUACGAUAACGAUACUAUAAUUUUACACCGCUGUAUACUAAAUUCUUGCAUAAUUAUGCCUUAGCGUCGUUCCAUCUUUCGAUAAGUUGAAACGAUAUAUUUGCGCGAUUGGCAUGCAAAGUUCACUCAACGUUGGUUAUUUUCGAACACGUAAACUACAUUCGAUAUGGAUGAAUUUCUUUUCUACAAAAUUUUCCUUUUAUUUCUCGGAUUGAGAACGAGCGAGCAGAAACUUUCCUCGGAAGAUCGAAUCGUCGACGGAGCAUUUAUCAACAUCACGAAUGUUCCAUACAUGUUAUCGUACAGAGUAAAUAAUAAUCACGCAUGCGGCGCUGCUAUCAUUAACAAAGAAUGGGGAUUAACCGCCGCUCAUUGCGUUACUCCAUUUGUCGAUAAUCCCUCAGUUUCGCUCAGCGUCCGUAGCGGAUCAAACAGGCACGAUUUCGGUGGAAUUAUUCACAACGUGACGGCAUUUUCUUACCACGAAAAAUAUAACGAUCGGAACAACGAUUACGACAUUGCCGUAUUCAAAGUCUAUCCGCCGUUCGAUUUUAACAACAAGACGCAACCCGUCAAAUUGCCUGAAAAUGUUAAUAAUUUUAACACGGAUUGGGGUUUAAUUGCCGGUUGGGGUUACUUUAUCGAUUUCGAUCCGAUGUUGUCGGAAAAGCUGCAAUACGUUAUCGUGCCGAAAGUGAAGCGAAGAAAGUGCGUAAAGGACUAUAAAGGCAGAUACGAGGUAACAGAGCGUCAAGUCUGUUACGGAUUCUCGCAAGGAGGGAAAGAUGCGUGGUGAUUCCGGUGGUCCACUGGUUAAUAAUUUCACUGUAAUCGGUAUAACUUCGUGGGGCUACGAAUGUGGUGUACAAGACUCGCCUGGCGUCUACACCAACGUGAUCGAUCUGCUGGGAUGGAUUAAAAAUAAAAUUAGA